UUUCUCUUUCUCUCUCUAGUCAAACAUUAGUCAUUCAGCUUUGACUCAAAACUACCACCAUCAUCUCCGCCGCCGUACUCGCCACGACGUACCGGCAACUCUCUAUAUUCACGCCCACAUCUCAAAAUUUACACCGUUUUUGACGGUUAUAUAAAAUUAUACAGCACACGUAAAAUCAGAAUAUAUAAAUUGUAUUGGGUGUGCGAACAAAGUGCUGAAAAGAUUGGGAGUCCACAUAUAAGGUGUAGGAAUUUAUUAGUGAUGUGAGGCCUUUUGGGAAAAAUCGUGCCGGCUUGACCCAAAGCGGACACCAUAUUAAAAAUGUAUUUGAGCUAGUUUAUCCUAACAAAUUGUACCCCGCAAAUUUCUUUCCCGUCCUUAUCUCAUCACUACCAUAUUUAUCCUAAAAUUUCUGCUACUUGUAUGCAUUGUACACAUGUAAACUAACCCCAAGUGGCGCAAAAAAAUGUUCUAAGAUGGAAAAUACAUUUUCUUAUUCCAGUCUUCUAUGUGAAGAAGAACACACACUGAUUAUAUCUGAAGAAAAUGGUGAUGAAUAUAUACAAAUGUUGAUUGAUAGAGAAAUUGCCAGUUUUGGACUCCAAGGUCAAGAAUCUUCACAUGUUACCAAUUUUGACUGGAUUCAACAAGCUCGUUUGGCUGCAGUUCAGUAUAUUCUUAAAACAGGAGAAUCAUUUGGAUUUAGAUUCAAAACAGUUUAUAUAGCAGUGACAUAUUGUGACGGGUUUCUUUCAAGAAGGUUUCUAGAUGGUGAAAAACACUGGGCAGUAAAGUUACUAGCAGUGGCAUGUUUAUCUUUGGCUGCAAAAAUGGAGGAAUGCAAAGUGCCAACAUUAACAGAAUAUCACAUUUUUGAGAGCAGUGUGAUUCAGAGAAUGGAGCUCUUGGUACUUAAUACACUGGAAUGGAGAAUGGGGUGUAUCACUCCUUUUAAUUUCAUUAAUUAUUUUGUAUCAAGAUUUUGCAUAAAUGAUUCAAGGAAAUGUGUCAUCUCCACAACUGUGGAAAUCAUCUUUACUGCUCUCAGAGAUAUAAAGUUAAUGAGUGUGAGACCAUCUGUACUAGCAGCAGCGGCUACAUUAUUGGUACUAAACAAAAGUUUGACAAUGGAAGCUUUAGAGGUUGAAAUAAAUGUCUUACAUUUGAAUGGUAUUCUUCAAAUUGAUGAUGUGUUUUCUUGCUAUAAUCAAAUGUUAUACCUUAACAAGGAAAUAUAUAAGUCACCCAAGUGCUUAUUAUCUCCUCAAUUGUCACCAAAUCAACUGCUGAGGAAUGGUAAAUUAGAAAAAUCUUCAGUUCCAUCCAAAAGAAAGAGCCUCACUUUCCUGGAGAUUGACCAAAUUGAUGAUAAACCCCAGCAGAAGCGUCAAUGCACAAGUAAUGUUGGCAAAUAAAGCACAAAUUCAACUCCAAUCAGUUGGGUUAUAAGGGUCUCAACCGUUAAAGAAAUAUUAGUAGGAAUUGUUGGUUUUAGUGUUUGUUGAAUUUAUUGUUUAUUAAUUUAUUUUGUUGUUAA